UUACGACUUCAACAGAGAAGGGCCCAAGAGCAACUGGCUAACCAAGGCAUAAUACCACCACUGAAAAGUCCAACUGAAUUCCAUGAGCAAAGGAAAAAUUUGGAUAGUGACAAGACUGAGGACCACUUGAAGCACAAGGUCAGAAACAGAUCAGAAAGUGCUGACUUGGUUAAUAUGCACAUACUCCAAGCCUCCACAACAGAGAGAUCCAUUCCAACCACUCAGAUGAAGCUGAAAAGAGCCCGCCUUGCAGAUGAUCUUAAUGAAAAGAUUGCUCUCCGGCCAGGGCCUCUGGAGCUGGUGGAGAAGAAUAUACUCCCUGUUGAUUCUGCUGUGAAAGAGGCCAUUAAAGGUAACCAGGUGAGCUUCUCCAAAUCAGCAGAUACAUUCACCUUUGAAGAGGACAGCAGCAGCGAUGGGCUCUCUCCAGAUCAGACUCGAAGUGAAGACCCCCAAGUCUCCAUGGGAUCGCCAGCAGACACUAAACCUGUGGAGAUCCCUCUGGCAGGCCCCCUGGGGACAAUCCAGGAUCGUGCUUCUGGCUCAGAAAAUGACAGGAAUGACUCAGCAUCACAGCAAGGCAACCAGUCAGAUGCCAGGAAGCAGGACCUUGGCCCCCUUGGCACCCCAAUGCCCAUACACACUGCUGUCAAGUCCAAGUCCUUGAGUGACAGUAAGAACCGCCACAAAAAGCCCAAGGACCCCAAGCCGAAGGUGAAGAAGCUCAAGUAUCACCAGUAUAUCCCCCCAGACCAGAAGGCCGAGAAGUCGCCCCCACCCAUGGACUCGGCCUAUGCCCGGCUACUCCAGCAGCAGCAGCUCUUCCUGCAGCUCCAGAUUCUCAGCCAGCAGCAGCAGCACCGCUUCAACUACUCUGGGGUCCACCAGGCUCAGCUCAAGGAAACGAAUGAACAGAUGGUCAGAAAUUCAAACACUUCUUCAACACCACUGAGCAACACUCCUUUGUCUCCUGUCAAAAACAAUUUUUCUGCACAAACUGGUGUCUCUUCUUUCCAGCCAGGCCCACUCCCAUCAAAUCUGGAUGAUCUGAAGGUCUCAGAAUUAAGACAACAGCUUCGAAUACGAGGUUUACCAGUGUCAGGCACCAAAACAGCCCUCAUGGAGCGGCUGCGGCCCUUCCAGGACUGUUCUGGAAACUCUGUGCCAAACUUCGGUGAUAUAACGACUGUCACCUUUCCUGUUACACCAACCAGCACUCUGCCUAAUUACCAGUCUUCCCCUUCCACCAGCGCCGUAUCCAAUGGCUUCUACCACUUUGGUAGCACCAGCUCCAGCCCUCCCAUCUCCCCCGCCUCCUCUGACCUCUCGGUAGCUGGGUCUCUGCCAGAUACUUUCAACGAUGCCUCCCCAUCCUUCACCCUGCACUCAUCCCCAGUUCACGUCUGCACAGAAGAAAGCCUCAUGAGCAGUCUGAAUGGGGGCUCUCUUCCCUCAGAGCUGGAUGGGCUGGACUCGGAAAAGGACAAGAUGCUGGUGGAGAAGCAGAAGGUGAUAAAUGAGCUCACCUGGAAACUCCAGCAAGAACAGAGGCAUGUGGAGGAACUGAGGAUGCAGCUUCAGAAACAAAAAAGGAGUAACUGCUCAGAGAAGAACCCAUUGCCUUUCUUGGCUACCUCCAUCAAGCAGGAAGAUGCUAUCUCCAGUUGUCCUUUUGCAUCAUCCCAGCAGACAUCUGUGAAAAGGCAAAGCAACAGCUCAGAGAUUCAACAGACACCCUGUGAAGCUGCUCAACUCCUACCCCUUGGAGGCACACAUUGUGUGGAGUCCUCUGGUCAGACCAAUGUACUUUCUUCCACAUUUCUCAGCCCUCAGUGCUCACCUCAGCAUUCCCCACUUGGGACUCUGAAAAGCCCACAGCAUAUCAGUUUGCCUCCAUCACCCAACAACCAUUACUUCUUACCCUCAUCUUCCAGCACUCAGGGAGAAGGGCACAGUGUCUCCUCACCUGUCAGCAGCCAGGUGUGCACUGCUCAGAACUCAGGGGUACACGAUGGCCAUUCUCCAAGCUUCUCUCCCCAGCAUCCUAGCCUCCAUCCUUCUUUCUCUGGAGUACAGGCAGACAGCAGUCAUGCUGCCGGGGCUACCACCUGCCCCAAAAGCCCAGGUGUACAGCAAAAGAUGGCUGGUUUACACUCUUCUGAGAAGGCAGGACCAAAGUUUUCAGUCCCAUCCCCACCUUUUUCUAAAUCAAGCUCAGCAGUUUCAGAGAUAACACAGCCUCCAUCCUAUGAAGAUGCAGUAAAGCAGCAGAUGACUCGAAGUCAGCAGAUGGAUGAACUCUUGGAUGUCCUCAUUGAAAGCGGAGAAAUGCCUGCCGAUGCCAGAGAAGAUCAUUCCUGUCUUCAAAAAGUCCCAAAGAUAUCGGGGCCUUCCCAAAGCCCUAGUGCUGCUCUACCCAAGCCUUCAGCUUCCUUUGAACAAGCUUCUGCAGGAGGCCAGCUUUCCUAUGAUCACUACACCACUGAAAAUGACGAACACCUUGAAGUCUUACUAAAUUCCCAGAGCCCCUUAGGAAAGGUGAGCGAUGUCACGCUCCUAAAACUUGGGAGCGAGGAGCCUCAGUUUGAUGGGAUCAUGGAUGGAUUCUCUGGGAAGGCUGCAGAAGACCUGUUCAAUGCACAUGAGAUAUUGCCAGGCCCCCUUUCCCCAAUGCAGACUCAGUUUUCACCCUCUUCUCUGGACAGCAAUGGUCUGCCAUUAAGCUUCACUGAAUCCCCUUGGGAGACCAUGGAGUGGCUGGACCUCACUCCACCAAGCUCCACACCAGGCUUUGGCUCCCUCACCACCAGUGGCCCCAGUAUCUUUAACAUUGAUUUCUUGGAUGUCACUGAUCUCAAUUUGAAUUCUCCCAUGGACCUUCACUUACAACAAUGGUAG